GUUAAUUGUUUAUAUUUGGCCCAAACAGCUGAGUCUGUUAAUUAGCCAAGUUAAUUUAUUUAUUUUCGGUAACAAUGUCACACAAUUCACCUGUGGCCGCUCCACCGCCACCUCCGGCGCCUCCCCUAAAAGUCACUCCCGUGACACCGGUUGUGGCCAGAGAACGGCAAGUUGUCAAAAUAACCAGUGACGAGUGCAGUUGGGCCUGGGAAUACCCGGAGCUACAGAAAGGAUGCUAUCUCAGCCGCGUGUGCCAGUAUAAUCCACCGAAACACUGCCAGUACUACUCCGUAUCCAGCACAUUGCAAGUUGGCCCGACCUGCGGUUUGACAGCCCUGAGCAUUUUGCUAGGAGGACAUCCCACAGUCGCCAAUCUUCUAGAGGAUGCCAUUGCCCAGGAAUUUACUAUAAAUGGAGAACUUUUUAGUGCUCAGUAUUUGUUUGAGCUGACGCGAAAACACUUGCCAGGACCUGGAGCAAGCCAGCUGCACCAGGGUCAUUUAAGUUGCAAAAAAGUCAAGGAUCUGCUGAACGCUGGGGGCUGUCUGCUAGUGCCUUACGAUGCUGAUGUAAACCAUGCCCCCUGUUUGAAGUCGGGACACCGAGCUCAUUGGGCUCUCAUUGUGGGCUUCCUGGUGGACGUAGAGGAUAAUUACUUUGUCUUGGCCCGCCAUGGCAAGACCCACAAUCUGGCCGUUUGGUCUUUGGACGCGCUGAGCGAAAGCAAUGCCAAUUUAAGGGAAUUCGCCCAGCCCAAAGGAUAUCCGGACAAUGACUUCCUGCAGCCACCGGGUGGCAUAUGCGGCCCCCUGGGCCUCAACGAGCGCUCUAUUCUAGUCAAUGGCCUGCCCCAGCAGGUGCUUCAUGUGCGCUGACCACACACUUGUGUUCAAUAAAGAGACCAAAAAUUGUCGUAU